AUCAACAGUAAACAGAAAAGCGCGUUUCGAAAUUUGUUAGCAUUUGCUAUGGCAUUUCUUGUGUCCAGGUCCACGCGUCUUCGUCGUGUCCUUCGUUUAGGGUCAUGCGUGAGAAUACAGCAGAUGCAGGCUGAUUGUGCAAAUGAAAGAAGGAAUGCCAGCACAUCUGAAGUAGACAGACGAAUACCCAAGAUAUACACAAAAACUGGAGAUAAAGGUUUUUCCAGUACUUUCACAGGUGAAAGGAGACCAAAGGAGGAUCAUAUAUUUGAUGCUUUGGGAACAACAGAUGAAUUAUCAUCUGCAAUCGGGUUAGCAAGAGAAUUUUGCAUCGACAAAGGUCAUACGUUCACAGAUCAGCUGGAGAAGAUCCAGUGUGUACUACAAGAUGUGGGAUCAAAUAUUGCCACUCCCAUGUCGUCUGCAAGAGACAGUCAGAUAAAGAAGACAAAGUUCAGCUCCCAACCUGUGAUUGAACUGGAGAGGUGGAUUGAUUCCUUCACAGAGCAGCUGCCUCCACUUACAAACUUCAUACUACCUUCAGGAGGAAAAAGUAGUGCAGCUUUACAUGUGGCCAGAGCAGUGUGUCGUCGGGCAGAACGCUGUGUUGCCCCUAUUGUCCGAUCAGGUGAAGCAGACCCUGAAGUUGCCAAAUAUCUGAACAGAUUGAGUGACUACCUGUUCACAUUGGCCAGAUAUGCCGUAAUGAAAGAGGGCAUUGCAGAAACGGUCUACAAAAGACCUGAAUAGUCCAGAGUGAAAUAUUUCAAUAUCUCAUCUAAUAUUUGAGCCAUUGUCUUCUCUUUGUUUUAGUUUUUUUUACACAAAAAUCUGCAUUACCAUGUAUGAAUGCAGAUAUAUUUCACCAGGCAAUUUGUCCCACUGUACACUGUGUAAAGACAUUUGUGAGAAGCCUAUAUGAGAAACAAUGAACAUUUAGGGAACAUGUUUCUUUUUGAGUUUUAUAUAUAUAUAUAUAUAUUAGUGUAUUAAGUCAGACACUGAUGGAGUUGCUAUAAGUUAACUGAAACUGUGGUUACAGUGUUGAUAACAUUACAAAAUUAAAACAUAAUUAUCUAAAGUUUAAAAUAGGGGCCUUGUCUUCACAGUAGAAAAUAAUUUUGUUCUGAAUAUGUAUUCAAUUUGAUAACAUUUGUGGUGUAAUGAUUGUUUUAUUACUAACAUCUGUAAUGGAAUUUUAUUUUAUAAUAUAUAAAUACAGUAUGUUAAGUUUAAAAAGUGUGAAGUGUAAUUUUCUAUUUGAGACUAUCCAAGAGUGAGGUAAUUUUAAACAGUGAAAUGCUAUGAGACGUGUUCAUUUCACUUGAGCUGUGGAUCUGGACCACUUUUACACAAUAGUGCACCAGCCCUGGCUUUUCAGAUUCAGAGAGCUGGCCAAGGUGACCUUCCUCAUAAGGUCAGUCCUCAUGAGGUGGGUAGCGCAAUUAUGUCAUGCACUCCUUCGGGGUGGUAAGCAGUAGGCAGGACUUCUUGUGAGAGAAUGCAUCAAAACUGUAGUUAUCAUGAUAGAAGCCCACUCCACUGGCACCUGUUAAUGAAAACUCCAAUGUUAACUAGAUUAAAUUUGAGGCAAAAUAAGGUCAUUGACAUUUUAUAGCACAUAUUGUUCCCUGUUUAAUGUAUUUGAUACUGUAGUAACAAGUUCUAAUAAGAUGCCAAAAAAUGCCUUACCAACUCCAAAUGGCAUACCCACCUUAAGACUAAACUUUGGAGCACAAAAAAAGUGUGUGAUAUUGUCAACUGAGAAAUAUUGGACAUACUCCAGCUAAUUCAUG